UUUUUUUAUUUAUAUGUUUACCGUCCAUUUAUGCAGUACAGGAUCGCGGUGAGCCUGAGCCGGAACUUAUCCCGAGAGGUCCAGCGCACAGAGCAGGGAUCGGCCUAGACAGGAUACCAGUGUAUCGCAGGACACACGCGUACAUGUACACAAACAUACAGAGCAGAACCAAAUAUACUUAAAGAAAAUUAAACACAAACACAGGCGGGUAGCGAAAUCAGUACCAUUUUAAUAUGAACAGUGAUGUAUUUUAAAUAGAUUUUUAUUCAAAAUAGUUUGGUGGUUUUAUAUUCUUAGCCUUUAGAAUACCUUGUGACGUGUUUCUUUUUUUAAAUUCGUGCCAAAAUGGUUUUUUUUUCUCAUUUCACUCUUUGUAAAGCUAUGAUGAUUGCUACAGAGGUGCCGGGUAAAUGGCUGCUCCAGCGCAAUGACUGCGAGCUUUGGAGUGCAAGAAGACGUGUAGGGAAAUCGAUUAAUUCCUGUAUAAGUAAUUGAUUUGUACUUGAACAAAUGACAAAUAACGUAUCAUGAACUAGAUUGAAUGGACUGGAGAAAAGUGCGCGCUUCUCAUUUUGUCCACCGGGUAGCGCCGGCGCCGUGUGCGUUAGCCGCUGGUCUCGGGUCAGUGAGGAGAGCAAGAGAACGAGAAAUAAUCAACGGUAGAUGCAUGUAGCCACACAAUACUACAGGAUAUCCUGGGUUUUUAGAGAUAGUGCUGUUAUUUAAGCGUGUGAUAACUAUCUCAGGUCUUUUGUACAUGAGGUCUAAGAAGGAGCUUAUCAAAGCAGUUCAGGAGUUGGUGUCUGUCUGUUAUGUAACUGGAUAACUGAAGUCGCCAUUGACGAGUGCGCCAUUUGAAGUUAAAUAAUCUCAAAGAAGACGCCAAUGUUGAAAACGGCAUCUGUAGAAGACCUGGGUGAAGCAGGAUUGUAUAUGCUUAGAAAUCGUUAUGAAACCUUGGCCGUGUUCCUUGGAUGUCUGUGUUGAUUCACUGAUUUAUCAAAUCGGCAGUGGUAGUACAGGUUUUAGCGUUAUAGGUCAGUGGCUUGCUGUAUGUGAGUUGUGGUUCAGAAUUAGAUAAAAAGAAAAUUGAAUAAUACAAGAGACGCAUGUAAUUUAACAUGAGGUUUCUUCUGUUAUGGGAGGUGGACCUGUUCACUCCCAUACUACUACCAAUUGAUACUGUGUUUAAUUUUAUUACGUAUUAAGGCAGAUAAGUUAAUGUGGGAAAAAAAAAACUACAGUAGAAUUAAUACAAAAAAAGAUGACAGCCGAGAUGUAGCGAAGCUUCACGGCCCAUUGGGGGGUGGGGACUGUUGUAAACUGUCAGUCACUUAUCUAGCGUAACCCAGUGGGGAGACUUGCGGAAGUAACCAAUAGGAGGUGGCUUAGGCCGUUUGGGGCUUGUAGUCCCGCCCAUUGAGGGCGUGGACACUAGCCUGGUGACGUGCGACUGUUUUGGACGGUUCGCUAGUUCCUCCCUCUCCCCUGUGCGCCCUCAGCGCGUUGACCUCACCCGGCAACCGUCAGUCUGUGCGUCGCAGCUUCGCGGAAGAUGCUGGAAAAAAGGGAACCGCUGCUUGCUGAAGCCCAACCCAACAGUGAAGAUGAGACAAUGGUACCGGUACUAGCAUCAAAAAAAGCCAGCGAGCUGCCGGUGGACGAGGUCACCUACAUCCUGCAGGCGGACUUGCAGUAUGGCCUUUCCCACGAUGAGGUGGCCCGCCGUCGCGCCUACCAUGGCUGGAACGAGUUUGACAUCAGCGAGGACGAGCCGCUCUGGAAGAAGUAUGUUCUGCAGUUCAAAGACCCCCUCAUCAUGCUAUUACUGGCCUCUGCCGUAAUCAGUGUGGUGAUGCGACAGUUUGACGACGCCGUCAGCAUCACCGUGGCCAUUAUUAUUGUCGUCACCGUCGCCUUUGUACAGGAGUACCGGUCCGAGAAGUCCUUGGAGGAGCUGGGCAAGCUGGUGCCUCCUGAGUGUCACUGCGUGCGGGAAGGUCACCUGGAGCACCUGCUGGCCCGGGAGCUGGUCCCGGGCGACACCGUCUGUCUCUCGGUGGGGGAGCGCGUCCCAGCAGACCUUCGCCUCUUCGAGGCAACUGACCUGUCUGUGGAUGAGUCCAGCCUGACGGGAGAAACUACGCCUUGCUCCAAGUGCACUACGUCCCAACCGGCGGCCACCAACGGCGACAUCACCUCCAGGAGCAACGUGGCAUUCAUGGGGACGCUGGUGCGCUGUGGAAAGGCCAAGGGUCUUGUCAUCGGAACAGGAGAAAACUCUGAAUUUGGUGAAGUCUUUAAGAUGAUGCAGGCUGAGGAGGCUCCCAAAACCCCCCUACAGAAGAGCAUGGACCUGCUGGGAAAGCAGCUUUCUCUCUACUCAUUUGGGAUCAUAGGGGUCAUCAUGCUGGUCGGCUGGCUCCAGGGAAAGCACAUUCUGGAUAUGUUCACCAUCGGCGUCAGCCUCGCUGUGGCCGCCAUCCCCGAAGGCCUGCCCAUCGUGGUGACGGUCACCCUGGCGCUGGGCGUCAUGAGGAUGGUGAAAAAGCGAGCUAUCGUCAAAAAGCUGCCCAUCGUGGAAACUCUGGGCUGUUGCAAUGUCAUCUGCUCCGACAAGACCGGCACGCUCACAAAGAAUGAGAUGACAGUCACCCACCUUUUCACAUCAGACAGUCUCCAUGCUGAGGUCACAGGCGUUGGGUACAACGGCGCUGGUGAGGUCCUGCUGGAUGGUGAGGUGGUCCAUGGCUUCUCCAACACAUCCAUCAAUAAAGUGGUAGAGGCGGGCUGCAUCUGCAACGAUGCCAUCAUCAGGAACGGCACCCUGAUGGGGAAGCCUACAGAGGGCGCGCUCAUCGCCCUGGCUAUGAAGAUGGGACUGGAUGGCGUCCAGCAGGAGUACAUCCGUCUAGAGGAGCUCCCCUUCACCUCGGAGCAGAAAUGGAUGGCCGUACGCUGUGUGCACCACACGGGACAGGACAAACGGGGAGUGUAUUACCUGAAAGGGGCCUACGAGCAGAUCAUCCGCUACUGCACCGCCUACAACAGCAAGGGCACGACAGCGCCCCUCACCAACCAGGAGAGGGAUCUUUACCAGCAGCAGAAGAGCUACAUGGGCACAGCUGGGCUGAGAGUUCUGGCCUUUGCGUCCGGUUCUGAGAUGGGUUCGCUCACAUUCCUGGGCCUGGUGGGCAUCAUCGACCCCCCCAGGGAAGGAGUGAAGGAGGCCGUGGCAACGCUGAUCGGCUCGGGUGUGGCCGUCAAGAUGAUCACGGGAGAUUCCCAGGAAACCGCCGUCUCCAUCGCCAGCCGACUUUGCCUGUACACCAAGGGCUCUCAGUCCCUCUCUGGGGACGAGGUGGACCAGAUGGAGUCCCAGCAGCUGUCCCUCAUUGUGCCCAGGAUCUCGGUGUUCUACAGGGCCAGCCCCAGGCACAAGCUGAAGAUCGUUAAGGCCCUGCAGAACGUCGGCGCGGUGGUGGCCAUGACCGGCGAUGGGGUAAACGACGCCGUAGCGCUCAAGGCCGCUGACAUCGGCGUGGCCAUGGGCAAGACGGGCACCGACGUCUGCAAGGAGGCUGCAGACAUGAUCCUGGUGGACGACGACUUCCAGACCAUCAUGUCUGCCAUAGAAGAAGGGAAAGGCAUUUACAACAACAUCAAGAACUUUGUCCGCUUCCAGCUCAGCACGAGCAUCGCAGCACUGGCGCUCAUCUCUUUGGCAACACUGAUGAACUUCCCAAACCCCCUGAACGCCAUGCAGAUCCUGUGGAUAAACAUCAUAAUGGACGGACCUCCAGCGCAGAGCCUCGGCGUGGAGCCCGUGGAUCGAGAUAUUAUCCGGAAGCCCCCCAGGAACGUCAAAGACAGUAUCCUCACUCGGGGCCUCAUUGUGAAGAUCCUGGUGUCGGCCCUCAUCAUCGUGUGCGGCACACUAUUCGUCUUCUGGAGGGAGCUGCGUGACAAUGUGAUCACCCCGAGGGACACCACCAUGACCUUCACCUGCUUCGUUUUCUUUGAUAUGUUCAACGCCCUCAGCUCCAGAUCGCAGACCCGGAUGGUGCACGAGAUGGGCCUCUGCAGCAACAGGACGUUCUGCUAUGCCGUACUGGGCUCCAUCAUGGGCCAGCUGCUGGUCAUCUACUUCCCCCCUCUGCAGAAGGUCUUCCAGACCGAGAGCCUCAGCAUCCUUGAUCUUCUGCUCCUCUUCGGGCUGACUUCCUCCGUCUGUGUCAUCUCCGAGGUGAUAAAGAAGAUAGAGAAGAUCUGGAGCAGAAGGUCUGAGAAAACUGACACUUCUGAUUUGUUCCACGAAGUAUGACGCACAUUGUGUCGGGUACCAAGGAGCCGGUGGAGACUGGGCUGCCUGUGGAGAGCAGAAGAGGGGAGAGCAUGACACAGCGUCCGCUUUUCCUACAGUUUGUCAUUUAAAAUGUUGGGUUGUCUGACUCUAGGCAGUCUGGAGUGAUACCAGGUUCUGUCUGAGGAACGUGGCGGGGUUGACCUCCCCUACGGACCUUUGGUUUGCUGCUGCCCACAGGCUUCCCCAACGGCCUGCGGCACCCGAGGGCGGUGAAGGUUUUUUUUUCGUCCAAUCUUGGGGUUAUUAUUAUUAUUAUUAUUAUUAUUUUUUUUAGGAUUUGUUUUCAAUGUGGGUUUCAUUAGCUGAUGCAGCUUUUGUGGAACAAACCAUGUUACCUUCAAGCAUUCCAGCUCAGCUUGCUAGAACAAUACAGUCCCCUCUAGUCCUGACUUAUGUCAUUGAACAGUUGAGAUGGUGUGUGGAAGUCAGUAUACAUGCAGAUUUUCAGAAACAAGUGUCCACUAUCAAUUUGUGUUUCGUGGCUAAGUAGCGUUUGUCACUACUUCUUGCCAAAUACUGUACCUCAGCUGCUGUUGCUGGGUCUGACCACAUGUGGCGCUGUACUGUAACCUUUCCCAGCUUAGCGCCCCUCUCUUACCCACAGUCAUCACUGGAAGGCUGACACUUAGAAAUUCGGUGCAAGAGCUUGGCAGUUGAACCCAGCAGGCUUUAGACUUAAGUUAAAGGCUGGUUGGGUUGCUGGAUAUUUUAUUAUGAUUUUAUUGGGUGGUCGGUAAAUUUAGGUCUUAAAAGCGGUUAUAGCUGUUAUGAAGCUCCCCCCUCACCCCCAGACACACACGCCCAGCCAAAUGUGUGCGCACAACAGCCUUACUCCAAGCCCACCCCCUCCUCCAAUCAGAACAAGUUGCCAUGCAGGAGGUACAUAUUACUUUGUACAGUAUAUGCAGCAAUUUGUAUAAUUUAUAUGUCCCAAUAAUGUCGAUUUGCACUCAAUAUUAUGAGAAGUAGUCUACUGUAUUUUACUUGUUUCUGAGUGUCCAUUUUGGCACAGUUGCUGGAAGCAUUUCCUCACUUUCCAGAUGUUGGACUUCUGUUGGCCAGUAAAACAAGCUCAGCCCCUCCUUUCUGAGGAGACCACCUGAACUCCUGGCCUUAAACUGCAGUCCCUCCAGGGCCUUUUUUGUUAGACAGCUUCCCUUUUGUGAUUAUUUCUCUCCCCCCCCCCCCCCCAUUUUCUGUGUCCCUGAUGAGAUGACUCACUAGCGCCAUCUUGCUUUUACAGAAGGUACAAACCAGUGAUUGGUGGGGACAGUGCUUCUUGAUCUAUGUCUGCCCAGCUGAAAGCAGUACUCUGUUGUGACAGUCUGGAAAAUAAUGUACAUUAAAAAUUUUGUAAACCUUUUAAA